ACCUCAAUUUACCUGUUGCCCGUGCGGCGAAACAGUUUUCCACUCCGGGCCAGGCCCAAAACAACGAUGCCGCACUUAAGUUGUCAGGGCUGGAUAGAAAACGUGCGUGAGAAAAAAAACAAACAACUUCAGAGAUUCGCCGCCGUAAAAUUUUGAAUCAGGUAAAGUUGGGUUGCUCAUCCAAUCACCUUGACAGAGGCGCUGCAAACGAACAUCAUGCACUACUAUACACUACUAUACUAUAUAGUGUCGAGAGACGGUUGCGAAACCUCAUAUAAAUACGUUAUUAGCAUAAAUCGUUCUGAACAGUCAGAAAUGAAGCCGCAAACAGGACGGAUCGUCAAGAGCAGUUCCCUGAGCUUGCUAUAUGCAUUACUGCCCCUGAUGAUAGAUGCAGUUUGUGGGAAAGCUCAGUAUGCAUCACCUUAUGACAAUGCUGCUUAUGCAAUUCCCACAACAAACUACGCCCAACCGUAUUCUUCUCCAGAAGUGCAAUCCAUAUGGUCUGGUUCCCCAAUAAUAGUAAAUGAUAAUCAGUAUGGUGCCCAGGAACAGCAGCAAUAUCCAAAUGUUAAUGGUUAUUAUGGAGGGGAACAACCAUAUAGACAACCUUAUUCAAAUUGGCGGAGGGAGGAGAUACCAGCAACGCGUGCUCCAAAUCAUAACUACAACAAUGUGCCAGGAUACUUUUACUACCAACAGCAGGAAACAACACCAUCGCCACCUCUCCAAUAUCCCCAAUCUAUUACAUCCCGAUUUCAACCCAAUCCACAAUUCAAUUCGGAACUGGACUCCAGUGACUCUCGUCGCGAGGAGGAGCAAGUGGUCCAAAUUGGAGGCAGUCGCUCCCUGGCCACCAAUAACCAUCAAAACAUCUACAAUAACAAUGAAAACUUCUAUGAACCCGCCCAACCCUGGCGGCGUCGUGACUUUCAGGCCAAAUAUGCCCAACAUUACGCCGAUUAUUUGCGUAAAUAUCCAAGACGCCUGCAGCCAGUUUACAACACCAGCGAAGAUUUCGAUGAGAAAUGAAGGGAAUACUCUAUAUAUUUUAGUCUGUGGAAAAGCCAAAUUGAAUAAAACCCCUCAAGAGCCAUUUGGUUUUUGAUUGAAAGCGUGCCAAGAAAACAA